UUCACCUACGUCCGAGCAGGGUCUCCGGUUCCAAUCUUUGGAUGAGAGAAAAUUUUUAAAUCGAGAGAAAGGGGUUUACUUUGAAAAAAUCCACAAUGGCUGGGACGACCGAGUCUCAAGAAAACCUGGUUGAGAAAGGUGACCACCGGCAGUCAGUAUGGUCACUGAAUUUGCCACAGGACAUUAUUUUGUCCAACGUGGAGAAGCAGUUUCUAUUAUGCGUGGAAAGAGGAGAUUGCGCCUCUGUUCGCAAAAUGAUAGAAGAAAACGAGAGCAACAACGACUUUGACGUAAAUUGCAUGGACCCUUUGAAUCGCUCAGCUUUAGUCUCGGCAAUCGAGAACGAAAACAUCGACCUUAUCCACAUUCUGCUGGAGAAGGGCAUCAAAGUCAAGGACGCCCUGUUGCACGCGAUUAAAGAAGAGUACGUGGAGGCGGUGGAGGUUCUUUUGCAGUGGGAGGAGGAGCACCACAAGCCUGGAGACCUUUACAGCUGGGAGGCGAUGGACCGGUCGCAGUCCACGUUCACCCCAGACAUCACGCCGCUCAUGCUGGCGGCGCACUACAACAAUUACGAGAUCAUCAAAAUUCUGCUGGACCGCGGGGCGACGCUGCCCACGCCCCACGACGUGAGAUGCGGAUGCGACGACUGCGUGAUUUCGAGCGAGCAGGACUCGCUGAGGCACUCGCAGGCGCGCAUUAACGCGUACAAAGCCCUAACGAGCCCCUCGUUGAUUGCCCUGUCGUCGAGGGACCCAUUGUUGACCGCGUUCGAGCUGUCCAACGAGCUCGCCCGUCUCAGGAAGAUGGAAAACGAAUUCAGGGAGGAAUACAAUGAAAUGCGACAAAAUGUCCAAGCCUUUGCAGCUGCUCUGCUGGACCACAGCAGAACGUCUCGUGAACUGGAUAUUAUUUUAAAUCACAAUCCUGAGGGUGAAGCGUGGGAACCUGGUGAAAGACGCUCUCUGGAGCGGCUAAAACUUGCAAUCAAAUACAGUCAAAAAAGCUUCGUAGCACACCCGAACGUCCAGCAGUUGCUGGGUGCUAUUUGGUACGAUGGGCUGCCUGGUUUUCGACGAAAGGGCAUGGUCAGGCAGUUGAUUGAAGUGGCCCAGCUUGGUGCCAUGUUUCCCGUUUACUGUUCGAUUUACAUGAUGUCGCCAAACUCGGAAAAGGGUCAAUUCUUGACGAAGCCUUUUGUGAAAUUCAUCUGCCACUCAUCCUCCUACGCCUUCUUCCUCACGCUGCUUUGUGCCGCUUCCCAGAGGAUCGAGUUUCUGCUAUUGGAGUGGUUCGGCAAUGAUUGGAUGCAAUCAAUCCUCGCCGAGUGGAAGCGAAAGGAGCGCGGCUCCCUGCCUGGCUUAGUGGAGAGCGGAUGCAUGCUCUACGUCAUGGGAAAUGUUUUCGCCGAGGUGCGUUCGUUAUGGUGUGAUGGGCUGCUUGAUUACAUCUCCGAUUUGUGGAACUUUGUCGAUCUCUUCAGCAAUACAUUUUACCUGACGUGGAUGGGACUCAGAUUCACUGCCGUUUUUGUCACUUGGAGAGAAUACUGGGACGGUUGGGAUCCGUGGUACCCACGCGAAGAAUGGCACCCUUUCGACCCGAUGCUAUUAUCCGAGGGAAUGUUCUCCGCUGCCAUGAUAUUCAGCUUCCUCAAGCUGGUGCACAUAUUCAGCGUGAACCCUCAUUUGGGCCCGCUGCAAAUCUCGCUUGGCAGAAUGGUUAUAGACAUCAUUAAGUUCUUCUUCAUUUACAUGCUCGUUCUGUUCGCCUUUGGAUGCGGAAUGAAUCAACUGCUGUGGUAUUACUCCGACCUCGAUAAGCAGAAGUGCUACGCAAGGGAUCCAGAAGUGUCCGACUGGGAAAAUGAGGAUAAGGCGUGCAGCACGUGGAGAAGAUUUGCAAAUAUGUUCGAAACGUCUCAAACGCUUUUCUGGGCUGGUUUUGGAUUGGUCGACUUGGUUGCCUUUGAACUAACGGGAAUGAAAAGUUUCACACGUUUCUGGUCCCUUCUGAUGUUCGGUUCUUACUCUGUGAUAAAUAUCAUUGUGCUGCUUAACAUGCUCAUUGCCAUGAUGUCCAACUCUUUCCAAAUUAUCUCUGAACGAUCCGACGUGGAAUGGAAAUUCGCCAGAAGCAGACUUUGGAUGAGCUAUUUUGAGGACGGAGACAUUCUGCCGUCGCCUUUCAAUAUGAUGCCUAGUUUAGGAAUGCUGAAAGAUAUUUUUGGCAUUGGGGCGAAAAUCAAGUCAAAAUCAAUCAAGAAAAAAUCGCAAGAAAAGGCGCAAGAGCGUCAUGACAUCGUGGUUCAGUUGCUGGUAAAACGUUACGUUGUGGCCGAGCAACAAAAGACAUCUGACUUUGGAAUCACCGAAGACGACGUGAUGGAAAUCAGACAGGACAUCUCUACAUUACGGUACGAGCUGGUCGAUAUUUUGCGCACCAACGGCAUGAACACACCAAAUCUGGACCCUAAUGACAGCUCCAUUGCUGGCAAGAAGGGAAAACAAAAGGAGAGGCGUUUGCUGAAAGAUUUCCAGAUAGGGUUCGUGGAGGGAGUGAUUAAUGAGGCGCUCACCGUGGAGAAGGCCCCGAAAGACAUAUUCGGCAAAAUCGCCAAGGCCAUUGGCAAACGUGGCGGAACUCAAAAGAGCACCUCAUCCAGCAAGAAAGACAAGGACUGGAACAGCAAAGUGCGCCAAAGCAUGAUGAGGAGGAACCCAAUCGGCAGCACUGCUGAACUUAAAGACCGUUUCAACUCUAAGCAGAGUUUGCGUCGAUACAUCUUGGAGCAUGGAAGUGAAACCAUGCACCAGAUGGACGUCGGCAGAUUGGCCGAGCUGAAUCCUAUACUGGAAACCGUGUCACCGGCCACCAGAGUGGCUUACGCGAAGUUCAAGAUGCGCAAGAUUAAAUUCGAAGAGCAAUUGAAGUUGCCAGAGGUGGGAGAAGUGGAUGAAAAGGAGACGAAAAAUACUGAAGCCCCGAAACCUGCCAUGUCUUUGAAAAAGGCAGCAGCCUCAUCGAUAAAAAAGGAGCCAGCAGAGAAGCAAAGCGCGGCAGCCCCAACUAUGGUGGCUACUGAAGCGAAAAUUGAGACCCCGGCAAAGCCAGAGUCUCCGAAAUCUGUAAAAGACAAACCAGCGCCGCCGCCACCUGCAGAAACACCCAAGGUUCCGGAACCAAAGGAGGCUCCCAAACCACCAGCACCAAAACCUGCUGAACCAAAGCCCGCAGAGCCAAAGCCGGAGCCAAAACCAAUCCCAUCUGGCAAAUCAAAAGUUUCAGGCAAAGUCCUUGAUGGAUGGCUUUAAGGUGAUUCUUCUACGGGGUUUUGGCCAAAACUAGAAAUGCUGCAAUGGAUUUCAAAUGAUUCAGAUUAUAAAAGUUGAACUAUUGUGUGUUAAUGUUUCAAGUAUAAAAAUGAUUUAGUUUCGCCCCAUCGCUUCUUUACAAGGGGCCAAAGUAAUGUCCGAAGGUCGAAAACGGGUAAAAAUCCACGUUUUUCUACCUUCUUAUGCUCGUAACUUUCCAUUUUGCAAAGUGAACUAUAAUUUUCUAGAUAGCUUUCGAUUCGCAAGAUGUUAAAGUAUCCAAAAAAAGCAAAAAAAAUAUAACUCUUCUGUCAUUUUAUCGCCCUCAAAGAAAUAGCAUUUAUAAAUGGGCCAUUAAAAUUAAAAAAAUUUGAUUUCUCAGGAGGUGAUAAAAUGACAGAAGAGUUAUAAUUUUUUUGAUUUUUUUGGAUACUUUAACAUCUUGCGAAUCGAAAGCUAUCUAGAAAAUUAUAGUUCACUUUGCAAAAUGGAAAGUUACGAGCAUAAGAAGGUAGAAAAACAUGGAUUUUUACCCGUUUUCGACCUUCGGACAUUACUUUGGCCCCUUGUAAAGAAGCGAUGGGGCGAAAAUAAAUCAUUUUUAUACGUGAUACAUUAACACGCAAUAGUUCAACUUUUAUAAUCUGAAUCAUUUGAAAUCCAGUGCAGCAUUUCUAGUUUUGGCCAAAACCCCGUAGAAGAAUCACCUUAAUUUUAGAAUUUUUUUUAACUUUUCGUUUUGUUGAAUUUGAUAUUUUACUUCACAACUAAGCAACACCACGAUUCCGUCUGCCUUACUUAAAUAAUAUUUAUGCAAUUAAAUAAAGGCCGUGAUA